AUGUCUCCCAAAUUCCUGCUGGUGGUGUCCCUGGGUGUGCUGCUUCUCACCACCUGUUCUCUUGCUGAUCAUGAUCACCAUAAACCUCCACAUAAACCACCACACAAGCCACCUCCUUUGGAAGCAGAAAACUCCGUUGAAUUGGAUGGCAAGCCUCCUAAGGGUCCGAGACCACCCCCAAAGCACAGGCCGCCAACACCGCUUGAUAAUGAGGCAGCAGUGCCAUUGAAGGAUGUCGAAGCCUCGUACAAGCCUCCAGGGAAGAAACCACCACAUAACCCCUACAAGCCACCCUACAAACCUCCUCCAUCAAACUAA